AUGCCCAAAAAACACCACAAGCCUUAUUUCACCAAGCCAGUCAUUCCAGCCCAUCAUACUCUCGCUUCGAACGGCCCCCACCAAAAUGACCGCUCCCGGGGAUCGGCGGCGACUGCGGCAGACUUGUCCGUCAACGACUUGAUCAGCCACCUUCGCCGUACCCAAGUAGCAAGCUUUUCCUCCGAAGAUGGUCCCUCGAGCGCUUCGAGGCCGUUUGUAUCGCCUCGAUCGGUACACCCAUCGCUGCGGAACCUCCUCGAGCUUCCUGAGACCCCGUCUCCGAGGCCUCGCCCCGAUGCGCGCCGCGGUGUAGUGGGCAGGCGUCCGCUGCGACGUGCCCCCGGCCCCCCACCACCGGAAAGCUGGCUCUCGGGUAAUGUUGAUGGAUCGGAGCCAAGAGAUGAGGAUCAGCUUGCUGCAGACGAUGGAGACUUUGACAGGGUCAUCUAUCGCUUGGAGAGGCUGCCCGGUGCAAUGUUCCCGGGCAAGCGGGGUUUGGUACACACGGUACUGAAGUCUAUGGCAUUGAACUGGACCUGGCAUUUGGAAUACGAUGGACCGUUUCUGUCCCAGUUGCCGAGUCACUUGAAGGUGCUCAUGCUCAGCUAUGUGGCUGUUUAUGCGCGUGGCCAGCCGUUGAAAGGUCGCACAAGAGGACUGAAGCCGCUCUACUUGACCGAGUCAGAUUAUAUCCAGAUUGCGGAGCCUGAAUUGGCUCCACAGGAAGAUGGCGGCGCUGAUGCGGACACCACAAUCUCGCGGUUGGAUUUGAGCGGUGCUUUGGGAUAUUGGAUGACUUUCAAGCAGCUUACGAGCGAGCUUGUAGUAUCGUCCAAGGCGGCACCUGUCACAUCACAUCGCGCGCCGGAGAAAUCCAUCCCCGCCUCUUGGGAUGAAGAGGUUGAGUCAGACGAAAGGGGAGAUGCUUCUACACAGCAUCAUGUUCCCUCGCCGGCCAUACCCAAAGCCAUCAGUCAGGGCUUGCGGUUCAACAACCUCCGCUUCCUGUCUUUCGCGCACCCCCACCCAGCGGCUGCCAGCUGGAAUUCUCUUCUUCAACUGAUUUCGCGCUUGUCAACCAUUACCCAUCUGUCUCUCGCGCACUGGCCCACUCCCACGCGCACCCCAAAUGCAGCCAACGCUCGAAUCCGCCAUCCAGUCCACCGCUCCCUCACCUUCUCCUACAGCGGCACCGACAAUUACGCCGCGCUGGACAAUAACUGGGCCGAAGCGGCUGGCCUUCUUCGCCAACUUUCUCGUUCGACCUAUUGCCUGAAAUGGCUUGAUCUCGAAGGUUGUGCAGACUGGCUUCCCGCCCUGUCCUGGACAGGCACUGACCCGGACGGUCAGCCAUAUCGUCCCGGUACCUCAGGACCUGAAUGGAAUGGAUCUUGGCGAGAUGUCGAAUGGGUUGGCUUGGGGCCCGGCUGGGUUCCAGACCUCGAGGACGAAUCUGAGUCCCACGCAGACCAGGGUACUUCGUGGCAGGAUGCUGCUGUUUCUCCAUCGCGGUCACUGGCUUCUUCCGUUCAUUCCCCUUUCCAGAACCCGGAUUCCGAUCUGUCUUGGGAUGUCGAAAAGGAGCGUAUUAAGUACCGGCGGGCGAAGGAGCUGGAGGCCUACCGAGUCUCGGUCCAUACUGCGGUGGACGUGCAUAGGCAAAUUCUGGGAAUCCGCAGGGAGGACCGGGGGAAAUGGGUGCAUUUCUCGCUUGGGAUCGAGGAUCUAGACACGGAGCUGGUCAAGCGAAUGCUUGGACCGGAGUAUUCGCGCAUCACGGUGUAG